AUACACACUUCUAUCCAACAUGCCUACGCAGCUAGAAGAGCUUGUAGAGUUCUUACACUCACCACAGCCCGCAGUAGUGCUGAUAGCGCUUGACAACUUGGUGGGUUACUCGCAAGGUUCUCAUCAGUCGGUUUUUGCGUACAAUAACUACGAAUCGGUCACUGACCUUAAGAAACUUGCACAGGAAAGCGGAAAGGUCACUGUGAGCCAGUCGGUGACUAUAUUGGCUAACUUAUGUACCGACACAAAGGUCAGAGACUUGAUAGUGGAAGACGCCGACUUUUUGAAGUUUUUGGUUGGGUCGAUUAUCAGACUUACUAAUAUGAGUACUGACUUGAUGUGCAUCUUGUUAACCAACUUGGCUAAGAACGACCAUAUCACCAAGGUGUUCGACUUUGACCUCGAGCAUACCCCAGAGCAAGCGAAGGUGUUCAAGUCUACCAAGGCCAUGGACUGUUUAAUGGACUGUUUUGUCAAAGGUUUCGAUAGAACAUUGAAUAGAUAUGCCAGCUUCGACUAUUUGGCCUAUUUCUUUGCUGAUAUCUCCAGAUUCACCAGGGGAAGAGAGUAUUUCAUCACCGAGCAAAGUUAUGAUGAGGUGGUGCCAAUCUCAAAGUUGUUGGUGUUCACCGAAAAGUACGACUCCAAAAUAAGAAGAGAAGGUGUCGCAUCCACCAUCAAGAACUCUUUAUUCGAUGCUUCUAAACAUGCAGAGUUGGUCAACAACGCUAAGAUCAACCUCUUGCCAUAUAUAUUGUUGCCUAUUGCUGGGCCAGAAGAAAUUGAUGAAGAUGACAUGUUUGACUUGCCCGAAGAAUUGCAACUACUUCCAAGCGAUAAGAAAAGAGAACCAUUAAAGGGCUUAAUUUGCAUCCAUCUUGAGUCCUUGUUGUUGUUAUGUACCACCAGAGAAAUGAGAGAGUACUUGAGAGGCAAGGCUACCUAUGCACUUGUUCGUGAAGUCCACAAAGUGCACAUGGAAGAUGACAACAUUGUCGAUUUAUGCGAUAGACUUGUACAGAUGUUAAUGAGAGACGAAGCCAACGAAGAUGAGCAGAAGGUGGAGGAGGUUGACAUGGAAGAGGACGACAGUGAUGACGAUGCUAUAGUAGAGGUAUUGUAGAUUAGUAUUUUUGUAAAAAUUUAAAUAUAGAUGUCUACUCUUUUAAGACCAACAUUCCCUUUUCCAACUUUAAGUUCAUUUUAACUAUCAUGAUGAUUCUCUGUUUGUUGUCCUCAUUGGCAUUGAUUCUGCCUCUCAAUUUUAUCAACAACUCUUUGGGGGGAAGUGGGUUUCCCUUUACAAUAUCCAAUACUUCUUGGAUUGUCACUAAAGAUCCAGUGGGGCCAGCAUCGUUCAAGUCUACGGCUGGCACCGAUGGGGUUGGCGAUAAGCUCUUUUCUCGGGGUUCAUUUGGUUUUUGUCUCUUUUGGGGCGAUUCUGACACCAACUUAAUGGGUCUUUUACGGCCCUCAGGUAGCCAUUCGCCCCGAGGAAACGCUUCUAAAAACUUGGGUGGAGCCUUGAUAACCACAAACCCAUCCCCAACAUUGUACGCAAAGAACAGCCGUGCUUUAGGAUGUCCUGGUUGUGAAAAGAGAUUGUUCUCAUCAGGUUCUUGUUUAACUUCAAUUCCGUCGUCACUUUCAUCAUCGCUUUCCAAGUCGGAUUUCGACAAGUAUGGAUUCAAUUGAUCAUCGUCGUCACUAUCAUAGACACCACCUUCGGUCUUGUUCAAUACCUUCCGCAAUUUCUUUCCUUCCUUAUCAAUCUUUCUAGACUUUUCGGUUUCAAAUAACUCGUCGAGAUCAUCAUCGGGUUCGGCAUCAGAACCAGCAUCAAAGUGCGAUGCCUUUAACAUCUCCUUCUUCAUCUUUUGUUCAGCCAUCUUGUUUUCUUCUUCAUCAGCGUCCAUGAUUGGAGCCUCUUCGUCAUCGGCAAAUUCUUCGUCGAAAUCAAUGUCAUCAUGAUCAGAAUCUCUAUCGUUGAACUGUGAGGCUCCACUGACAGUUCUUAAUUUGUUUCCAGCUCCAUUACUAUUGGAACCUCUAAUGUGCACUUG